AUGUGGGACCAGGGGAAGUGGCCAGGGGAACAAAACCACCCUGGGGAGGCGUGGGGCAAGCUGACCCGCCUCUCUGUCCCAGUCCCUACAGGUUCUAGCGACCCCUACAAGGCAGACGAAGCCGAGGCCAAUGGCUACAGCAGUGGUGGUCACAGCCCAAGCGCGGACAGCGGGGAUGAGGCCCCUGGUGAGGAGGCUGAGGACGCCUCGAGGGGAGGUAGCAGCCACAGGGCCCGCGGGUCGGGCUGCUCCGGAGCCUCAGAUUCAGAGGCAGCUGCUGGUGCUGUGGAGGGAGUUGCAGUCCCUGUGCCCUGUGGGACCUCACCUGGAGCCCCAGGUACACCCGGGGGGUCCACUGCAACAGCAGCGUCAACAGCAGGUGGCACAGGGACAGGCCAGCAGGUUACAGCAGCCAAGCCCAAGAGGAAGCGCACAGGCUCCGACUCUAAGUCGGGGAAGCCAAGGCGAGCACGCACCGCCUUCACCUAUGAGCAGCUUGUGGCACUGGAGAACAAGUUCAAGGCCACACGCUACCUGUCGGUGUGUGAGCGCCUCAACCUGGCACUAUCACUCAGCCUCACUGAGACACAGGUGAAGAUCUGGUUCCAGAACCGCCGGACCAAGUGGAAGAAACAGAAUCCAGGUGCUGACACCAGUGCACCGACCGGUGGCGGCGGGGGUGCCGGGCCAGGUGCAGGGCCGGGCACAGGGCUGCCUGGUGGGCUCAGCCCACUUAGCCCAUCGCCGCCACUGGGUGCACCGCUUGCCAUGCAUGGUCCUGCGGGGUACCCAGCGCAUGGACCUGGGGGCCUGGUGUGCGCUGCGCAGCUGCCCUUUCUGUCUGGCCCGGCUGUGCUGUCACCCUUCGUGCUGGGCUCACAGACCUACGGCACACCCGCUUUCUACGCACCACACCUCUGA